GGAUUCCAAAGUGUACAUAGUAUGAAUUUAAAUUUAAUAAUUCAAAUUCAAACUUGCAUAUUUCAAGAAUUGGAAUUGUCUAUUCAUGGAUUCCAAAUCCUAAAGCUGUAAAGUAGAGCUAGGGUUUUGGACAACCCUGCCCAGAACGGCGGCUUUCAUAUACACGCUGAACCAACUACAGUAUUCUUCAGUUCCUCUCUUUUUACUUUUUUGGUCUCGAGCUCUUUCAGUUCUGUUGAAAUCAUCAAAUCAAAGAUGUCGCUGAUGCGUCAUUUUCCGGCUUCAAUCUCUUCUUCUUCCUCUGCUUUCUUAGGCGAGACCAGCUUUAAUCACAAUCCCAGGACUCAGAAUGUGUCGCUUCUGGGGAAAAGCAAUGGGAUUUGCAGAUGUGUUGCAACGCCACAAACAGAGAAGCCUGUUUAUAGGACAAAUGUCUCGCGCAAUGCAAAUAUGGCAAAACUUCAAGCUGGUUAUCUGUUUCCAGAGGUUGCUAGAAGAAGGGCUGCACACAUGCUGAAGUACCCUGAUGCACAAGUAAUAAGCCUUGGAAUUGGUGACACUACGGAGCCAAUUCCAGAGAACAUAACUUCUGCCAUGGCAAAGAGGGCACAUGAAUUGUCAACACUAGAGGGUUACAGUGGUUAUGGACCUGAACAAGGUGAAAAGCCGUUGAGAUAUGCAAUUGCAUCAACCUUUUACAGUGAUCUUGGUAUAGAGGAAGAUGAUAUCUUUGUCUCAGAUGGCGCAAAAUGUGAUAUAUCCCGCCUUCAGGUUGUUUUUGGGUCAAGUGUUACAAUGGCAGUGCAAGACCCAUCUUACCCGGCUUAUGUAGAUUCAAGUGUUAUUAUGGGCCAGACUGGACUGUUUCAGAAAGAUGUUGAGAAGUAUGGAGGGAUUGAAUACAUGAAAUGUACUCCAGAGAAUGGUUUCUUUCCUGAUUUAUCCACAGUUUCUCAAACAGACAUCAUAUUUUUCUGUUCACCAAAUAAUCCUACUGGUUCUGCUGCAACAAGGGCACAACUGACCCAACUGGUACAGUUUGCCAAGGAUAAUGGGUCAAUUAUAGUCUACGAUUCUGCAUAUGCCAUGUACAUGUCUGAUGACAAUCCUCGGUCUAUUUUUGAAAUACCUGGAGCAAAAGAGCUUGCAAUUGAGACAUCAUCAUUUUCUAAAUAUGCUGGCUUCACGGGAGUUCGUCUAGGUUGGACUGUUGUUCCGAAGGAGCUUAAGUAUUCUGAUGGAUACCCUGUCGCCAGAGACUUCAAUCGUAUUGUGUGUACUUGCUUCAAUGGUGCCUCCAACAUUGCCCAAGCUGGUGGUCUGGCUUGCCUUUCACCAGAGGGCAAGAAGGCUAUGCAUGAAGUGGUCAGUUUCUACAAAGAAAAUACUAAUAUAAUAGUGGAGACAUUCAAUUCGCUUGGUUUCAAGGUGUAUGGAGGAAGGAAUGCUCCAUAUGUGUGGGUCCACUUCCCUGGCCAAAGUUCCUGGGACGUAUUCAGUGAGAUUCUUGAGAAGACCCAUGUGGUUACAACACCUGGUAGUGGUUUUGGACCUGGUGGUGAAGGUUUUAUUAGGGUUAGUGCCUUUGGUCACAGAGGCAAUGUUUUAGAAGCCUGCAAAAGAUUCAAGCAGCUAUACAAAUGAAGGGUAGUAUGGAAAGCCUUUUCCCUAUAAUUGUCUGGCAAGAGCAGGUUUUGUAUUUUAUUUAUACUGGCUACAGAUCCAUGCAAUAGCAUGGGCAAAGCUUGAUUUCAAUUUGAUGGAGGUGGAUAAACAGAGUGACAGUUCCUUUCCCGCGUGCUUCAGCUCGUCUCUGUUCUUAUUGAUUUCUUUUCAUAAAAUGUAGCCUUACUGUAAAAUUAUAGAUUAGGAUGGCCAGGACAGAGAGGGUGUGAAGAAAGAAAGAUUAGCUGAUAGAAAAAUGACCUCCAGGAUUCUGCACCUGUAGUUUUGUCUUUAUCCAAAAUAAUUCCUAUCAUUGGAAAUUUGGAAA